AUGCAGGUCUCUGAUAAGGCUCCUGGAUUGGAGUCGCAAGACGUGGACUAUGAUGUUCUUCAAGAAGCCCAAGCUGGAGCCGGAGCUGGAACUGCCCGUGAUGAUGAUGACAUGCACCGGAUGGGAAAGAUUCAGGACUCCAACUCUCAAGGUUUGACGAAUGGAGGUAUGGCUGGUUUGUUCUGGUCAUUUAUCUGGACUUUUAUUGGAUUUGGGUUCAUCAUCGCUUCCCUGUCCGAAAUGGCAUCUAUGGCUCCAACUUCUGGCGGACAAUAUCACUGGGUUUCUGAGUUUUCCGCGCCUCGAUAUCAAAAGUUCCUCAGUUAUAUUACAGGGUGGAUGUCAGUGUUGGCAUGGCAAGCCGGGUCAGCCUCUGGAUCAUUCCUCACUGGAACCAUCAUUCAGGGAUUGAUCAGCAUACGAGAUCCGAACUACAUCCCGGAAAAUUGGCAAGGUACUUUAUUUGUCUUCGCGAUGAUCCUGGUAAUAUACAUCUUCAAUGUGCACGCAUCUAAUUUGAUGCCCGUCUUGAAUAACCUCUUGAUGAUUCUUCAUAUCCUGUCCUGGGCAGUAGUUGUAAUUGCGCUGUGGGCUCUAGCUCCUCAUCAACAUGCAAAAGCUGUAUUUACGCAGUGGGAGAAUCUUGGAGGCUGGUCUAGCAUGGGCUUGAGCGUGAUGAUCGGACAAAUCUCGGCCAUCUACGCUUCUUUGAGUUCUGAUGCAACUGCGCACAUGUCCGAAGAAGUCAAAGACGCAGGUCGAAGUGUACCAGUUGCCAUUGCCUGGGGAUAUUUCAGCAAUGGCCUCAUGGCUGUCGUCGUGUUGAUUGCUUACCUCUUCUCUAUGCCAUCGGUGGAUGACGCCCUGAACGAUGCCACGGGUUUCCCAUUCCUCUACGUCUUCGAAAACGCAGUCUCAACAGCAGGUGUGAAUGGGCUCACCGCAAUCAUAUUAUUACCAGUGAUAUUUAGCAAUAUUCUCUUCAAUGCUUCUACAUCCCGCCAAACCUUCGCCUUCGCUCGUGAUAAGGGUCUCCCAUUUUCCAAAUGGAUUUCAAAAGUUGACGAGAAGCGCAAAAUCCCUGUGAAUGCCAUUGUUCUGUCGUGCAUCAUCAGUUGCUUGCUUUCGCUUAUCAAUAUUGGUUCUCAAACUGCUUUCAAUGCGAUUAUUUCCCUGAAUGUGGCCGCAUUGAUGUAUACGUACAUCAUCUCUAUCAGCUGUGUAAUCUAUCGGAAGAUCUGGCAUGCUGAUACUCUUCCACCGUGUCGAUGGGAUAUGGGACGAUGGGGGUUACCCGUGAACAUCGUCGGGCUGGUAUACUGCUGUUUUUCUUUCUUCUGGUCAUUGUGGCCGAGUAGUCUUCCGGUAACCCUGGACACUUUUAACUGGAGUGUGGUGAUCUUUGGAGGGGUCUUCAUGACUAGUCUCGGUAUGUACGUAUUCAAGGGACGGAAACAAUAUGCAGGACCAGCGGUCAUACUCUUGCGUUUGCAGGAUUAAUGACCUUUUUUGCUCAAAGAAUAUAAUAUCAUUCGCUCACAUUCAAGGCAGCUGUGGC